AGAGCGCCGCGCCGGGCGGAGCGUGAGCCUGCGUGACGGCGGGAGGCUCCACCGGAUCCCGCUCGAGUUCCUGCUGCCCUCGAGCGCAGCGCCGCGGAGGUGCCCCUGCGGAGCGCCCCGACGGCGCCCGCCUGCCAGCCCUCCGGCGGAUGCUGGAGUGAGCGCGGCGACGGCGGGAUGCUGGUGCUGCUGGCCGCCUGCGUGGCGCUCGCUGUGGCCGCCGGGGCCCAGGACGGCCCGGCGCCCGGCAGCCGCUUCGUGUGCACGACGCUGCCCCCGGAGGCGGCGCGCGCCGGCUGCCCGCUGCCCGCGAUGCCCAUGCAGGGCGGCGCGCUGAGCCCGGAGGAGGAGCUGCGGGCCGCGGUGCUGCAGCUGCGCGAGACCGUCGUGCAGCAGAAGGAGACGCUGGGCGCCCAGCGUGAGGCCAUCCGCGAGCUCACCGGCAAGUUGGCGCGCUGCGAGGGGCUGGCGGGCGGCAAGGCGCCGGGCCGGGCGGUCCCGGGCAAGGACACCAUGGGCGACCUGCCGCGGGACCCCGGCCACGUCGUGGAGCAGCUCAGCCGCUCGCUGCAGACCCUCAAGGACCGCCUGGAGAGCCUCGAGCACCAGCUCCGAGGGAACGUGUCCAAUGCCGUGUUGCCCAGUGACUUCCGAGAGGUGCUCCAGCAGCGGCUCGGGGAGCUGGAGAGGCAGCUGCUGCGCAAAGUAGCAGAACUGGAGGAAGAGAAGUCCCUGCUCCACAAUGAGACGUCGGCUCACCGGCAGAAGACGGAGAGCGCCCUGGACGCGCUGCUGCAGAGGGUGACUGAGCUGGAGCGCGGCAAUAGUGCAUUCAAGUCACCCGAUGCGUUCAAAGUGUCCCUCCCCCUCCGCACAAACUACCUGUAUGGCAAGAUCAAGAAGACGCUGCCCGAGCUGUACGCCUUCACCAUCUGCCUGUGGCUGCGAUCCAGCGCCUCGCCUGGCAUCGGCACCCCGUUCUCUUAUGCAGUGCCCGGGCAGGCCAAUGAGAUCGUGCUGAUAGAAUGGGGCAACAACCCCAUCGAGCUGCUCAUCAAUGACAAGGUCGCACAGCUGCCCCUGUUUGUCAGUGAUGGCAAGUGGCACCACAUCUGUGUCACCUGGACGACGCGGGAUGGCCUGUGGGAGGCCUUCCAGGAUGGGGAGAAACUCGGCACUGGGGAGAACCUGGCCCCCUGGCACCCCAUCAAGCCAGGGGGUGUGCUCAUCCUUGGACAGGAGCAGGACACCGUUGGGGGCAGGUUUGAUGCCACGCAGGCAUUUGUGGGGGAGCUCAGCCAGUUCAACAUAUGGGACCGCGUCCUUCGUGCCCAAGAAAUUGCCAACAUCGCCAACUGCUCCACAAACAUGCCAGGCAACGUCAUCCCCUGGGUGGACAACAACGUUGACGUGUUUGGAGGGGCUUCGAAGUGGCCUGUGGAGACCUGUGAGGAGCGCCUCCUUGACUUGUAGCCACCUUCUCCUCUGUCCGGGAGGCUGGGGGUCCGCUGACUCCCCCAGUUCAACUGUGAAUAAGCCUUCUGCCAGAAUGGGCGGGGGCCCCCAAAGACUGAGGCUCUAUGAGGCGUUUGUCACCGGCUUAUUUGUUCCUUACCAAGAUUGUGUUGUUUUUGGGGGGCGGGGGUAGGGCCAGAAUCCCCUGGGAAAAGCCCUGAGCCACAGGCGGGCCCAUACCUGACUUGCUGCUGUGGGUGUUGUCGUCCUUCUGGCCCCUGUUCAGAACCCCUGUGAAUGCUAGGGCCCCCCAGCCUGUCCACCCCUUGGAUCCUUGGUGUCUCGUGUGCGCCUUCUGUCCGUCCCCUUUACAGGCUGUGCAGCCAUCCCGCUGGAGUGGCCUUGUCCCUUGUGUUUUGAGUACACCCUGCUGUCCACUGAGCACGCAGCAAAGCAGCCCCACCCCCACCCACCCCUGCCCCCUAGAAGGGCCUUUCUCUUGGUGUUCUUUAUGCUUGAGUCUGUCCAAGGAAAUUUUAAGCUUGAGGAGGAAGGCAGGCUGCCCAGACAAUGCCCUGCCGUCUCCAAUGUGUGUGUAGAGGGCAUCUGUGGCUCCGGGAGGGGACUGCGCGGGGGAACGGAAUGGAGAAGGGCCGUGCAGUCAUCCCUGCCCCUCUGUCACCUCUCCCUCAGACCACUGCUUUGUCACUGAGAAUGGCUCUGAAAGCCCUCUUGUCUCCACUGGUGCCAAAAGUUCAGUUGCAGCUUUUACAACCUUGUGGUGUGGUUGGGGGAGUUUCUCUUUCCCAACAGGAAAGAACAGCCAUUCGCAGGCUCCCAUUUUUGAUGUCUCACCUCACUGUGAGGAGUUUGCUAGUUUUAAUUCGUUGAUUCCUGUAAGCGUUUGACUGUGGCAAGUAUUGCCCCCAGGACUCUUUCCGGAAGUGGGUGUCAUUUGGCUGAUGCAUUCUUGGUGACUCCAGGCUGCUUUAUUUAUUGGACAGAGGUUGUAGUAGUUUAUUUUAAAGAUAAAGUGAUUCAGUGGGGAAAUUUAUAAAGCUAAAUAUGAUAUAUUUUAUUUUUCAUACAUGUUUGAAGUGCAAAUCUGUGGAAACUCCAUUUGUAGGACCAAGUUGAUACGCCCAUCUUGACACUGUAUGCUGCAAGAUCUCUUCUGAUGGAAUUUUGAUUAAAGUGCACUGGAAGAUG